AUGCUAACGGGUUUUUUGGGGAAUCGCAUCGUGACUGCUCUCCAAUCUCUAUCCAUCUGCGGUCUCUUGAUCUUGUUCGCCAUAUCUUCGCCGAAGAUCUCCUGUGUUCCCUCUCGUUCGGCGUGUGUAAAUGAGACGCACUUGCUCGUGGUACUCAAUAGCUUUUGGCUAGACUUUUGGCCUGGCUGCAAAGCUGUCUUUGUGGUUAUAGUUGCGAUGAUUUUAUUGCGUGCGUUGUUUGCACCGCCGCGAUUUUUUUUGAUGCGUUUGAGUAGGGCGUCCUUUACAUGCUGUUGGGUAUGA